UCUGCCUCAGUCUCUUUCGGUCAGUGGAAGGGUGUGGAGGCUCGCCGCGUCUGCAGAUCGGAGACUCGGUUCGGGCGUGUUUCUAAAGGAUACCCGACCAUUUGCAGGGUGUGGGCGUUGCUGCUAUCACCCUGCCACCCACCUUACCUGCCCGUCAGCUUCCGUCGGUCGAGGCUUGGAUUAGAGGCUUCGAACGAGGACCACAGAGACUUGAGUUAUUGAGGUGAGUGGAUGGUGUGUACUGGGUGGAGGAGGCAAGACAGCACUACCAUGUCUCCAGUCGCCAAGGUGAAGUGUGUCUUGCAUGGAUGACGGAUGCAGGUGUGUGGUGAAACUACCUGUGUGUGGACUGCCAGGUGGACUGCAAGUGCACUCAAGGUCGCAGGAAGGCAUUAUAGAGCGCCCUGGACAAGGAGGACAAGAUCGGCCGGUGUAGCGUGAGGGAAUGCUUGCCUGCCUCCCAUCCCGCCCUCACUGCCACUGUCACCACCAACCUCGUCGCCGCCGCCGCCGUCGCUACUGAUGCUGCACGCCCCAGCUCAAGAUACUUCCAUCACCGUCACAAUAAACACACCUUCUGUCGCCUCGUGCCCACUGUGACAUUGCUGCCCUCCUCCUGCUGCUCCUAGCCCGCCUCCUCCUCGGUUUUCAAUACCUUAAACAAGACAAGGAAGACAGCAACAGCAACAAAAGUCAGUUGUGUUCAUAAAUUCCCGGAAGGUGCGAGCAGGCCGAACCAGCAAGACCGGGAAAGCGGCCGACGCCUCGCCACGCUGUAAAGGAAGACGUCCGCGUGCUGCGCUGAGCUAAGCCGAGUAGAGGCAUAGAGUGUGCUGUGCUGGCUUGUGUGUGGUCGCUGAGAGAAAGACAGAGAGAGAGAGGAAAGCAAGCAAGGUAGCAGUGCUUGUCGUUGGCUAACUGGUUGGCUGACUGACUUCACAUACACACACACACACACACACACUAACACACAAACACACACUUAUCUCAGUUCCCUCCCCUCUCCCUACUCUCACUCCGUAUCUGUAUCUCGUUUCUGUUUCGCUGCCACGAUACAGACACACCCUCGCCAAGACCUGACAAGCUCAUACAACGCAAGACAGCUGCACUAUUGUUGUCAUCGCGUCGCUACAACUGUCGUCUCUGUCGUUGUCGUCGUUGCUGCUGCUGUUGCUGUUCAUGGUGGAGACAGGACCAUAGCUGUGCCUGAUCGCUUGUGUCUGUCUGUCUCUGUGCCUCAUAUUUCCCUCUAGUUUCUUUGAGAUUGAGGGUAAAAGCGAGCAGGUCCAAAAUCCCGCCUUUUCCUUCUCCUUCAGUCAAGGCAUCUCAGAGCACGUAUACGCAUCCCUCCACCUGAAUCCCUACGCCUCCUCCCUCAGCCCGUCCACAACCAUUCCACCACUCGUCUCCCUUCCUAUCCCUUUCCCCCUCCCCGCGGCAGUCUCUAGGGCGAUGGUGAUGGCUGUAGUGAGUGCGUGUACCUGUGUGCGCCUAUCCUGGUGACCAAUGCCUUGAGUAGCCUCGCCACUUUAUGCUGUGUCAUUUAGAAUCGCCGCUGCAUCUUUCCUCUCUUUCUCUUUCUUCUGCUUUACAUCCUCCCAUUUCUACUACGUGUGUUUCUCAUUCUAGUACUCUCGUUACCUCUACUGCUACUACUGCUAGAAAUUCUUGGCAGCUCGCAUCGUUACAGUAUUUCCCUCGCUUCUUUCUUCUUCCCUCCAGUCUCCAGAAGUCAGAGUUGGUCCCAGUGUCGCCUAAAGCUGCACUAUAUAGAUCAGUCUUGAGGGGUUUUGUUUCCGCCUGCGUUACUUGAUGUAGUUUUUAUUGUUGGAAGCCACGAGAUUGGCGUGCUGUGCUUGUCAUUAUUAGCACUUUCCUCUGACCAUUAGCUUUGUUAUAACUCGAGCAACUUCAGCGUUAGCACUUGUAUUUACUCCUUCACUUUAUUGUUGUUGUUCUUGUUGUCACUGUUGUUGUUGCUGGUGCCAGGCUGCCAUUUUUUCUUAUCUAUGUGAGGCGGUAUAGUUAAUUUUUUUCUUCAGUAGUAUUCCUAUUCUUUCUUAGUAUUAUUAGAUAGAAAGGUCUGCGUUUGGCUGUGAUAUUGAGACCAAACUGUGCAUGAGUCAAGGUGUGCUGUGCGUGUGCAUGUACGUAGUGGUGAGGAAGUACAAGUUUAGACCAGCCUUCCAUGCCCUGGUCCAUCCUUCCCUCCCUCUAACGUCCCCAGCCCGGCCUGCCCUCCACCACCACCUGCUGUAGACAUAUCACGGAAGGUACACGGAGAUACACCUGCACGAGACAGAGAAAGUAAUAACACAGGGUCAGGGGAAGCACACAGAGAGAGAGAUUGGAUGUACGUUGCUAUCGCCUGGUCUCGCUGGUUUGUUUCUAUCAUUUAGCAAUCUUACGCACACGUUCUCAAAUCUACACACUCAGAUAAACACACUCACACACACACACAAACGUAUUAGCCACCACCGAUCGAGUCCCAGUAAAAAAAGAAUAUAUAUGAUAGAGAAAUAGAAGUAGUUGUAAGGUUAACUAUACGCUGAGAAGAAAAAAAUCAGUAUUAUAAUAAAUUUGCGUCGUAUGUUAAUGGAAGCGACGCAGCGCCUUAUAUGCCAAACUUGUGUAUAAAAUAGUAAAUGAAUAAAUAAAAGAACCCCCCCGAAGAGAAACAGAAAACGUGUGUGAAAAGGAGAAUCGAGAAACAUGUGCCUGUGAUAAAAGUGGAGAAAAAGACGAGAAAGAAAGAAAGAAAGACUGAAAAAAGAGAAACAAAAGAGAAAGUGAAUAUCAACUAAGAAAGAAAGCAAACAAAAAGGAGCGGGAGUGAGGCGAAUACAGUACUGCCAACCCACUGACCGCCCAUCACAGCCCAGACACUCACCUUCACACUCACUCUCUUCCAGCGAUCCAUGCGUAUCAAGAGAGUUAUUUCCCCUUCCGCGCCUCUCUCCACACUACUGGAAGCUGGACGAGGCGGACCACUAACUCUCGUGUGGUUGAGAACUGAUCACUCACCGCAGGAAACUCAAUACAAGUCAACAAAAUUCUUCACAGGUUGACUUAGUGUUGUGUUUCUCGUUGUUGUUGUGCUGUUGUUCUUAUUGUUGUUGGAAAGUGUCUGUAUGUGAAGACGACUAGUUUGCAGCCGUCGCCAGCCAGUAGCAGCAGCAGCAACAACAGCCGCAGCAGGUGGAGAAAGGAGUCAUUAGUCAGUGCCUCCGCCGCGCGCAAGGUCACGUGUGUUUGAGGAAGGAUUUGCUCGAGUCAUCAUUUAUCACUCGACUUGGAGGGGGUCGAGGGUGCGGGACGGAGCGCGGGUCACGUCGGAGGCAGGAGAAGGAGAAGGAAAAGGAGGACGAGAGGGAGGAGAGACGUGAGGCAAGUGAAGAGAAGGAAGAGGAAAAGGAGAAAAGUUGUGUCCGCUUAGAGAAACGACACAAACGAGGAGAGACUAAACUAAAUAAGACAGUAAAAAAGAAUUAAGCGAAAGCGAGAGGGAAAAGUGGCCCUUCUGCAACACACAGCGGCGGCCUCUCCUGGAACGGCGAGGCACGACAGAACCUUAGAGGAGGACCCGCGUGUGGAGUGUAUAGAGCCACGCGGCGGGUUUCCUUGCGUGUGGGUGAGUGCAAGUGUGUGCCUCACCAACCUGACUAAACUGACAACACUGACAAAAACAUGGUGAAGAUGGUGCCUCGACGCGGGUGGCUGCGGCUUUCCUUCCUGGGAUUGCUUGCCGCCUGUGCCCUUGUUUACGUAUACUACUACUCGUAUGGUACCAAUGGCCCACACCUCAUGAAGGACGGGAAGCUCCAGCAGCAGCAGGAUGCCGGGCGGGGCGGGGAGCGACGGGCGGAGAGGCAGAGUGGCGGCGGGGUAGUGGUGGAUGAAGGGCUGGGACAAAUCAUACCCUCAGCCCAGUGCCGCGCCAUCACUCCGCCCACCACUGACGUCAAUACCGUCGACCAGUUCCCCAAGUUUGAGUUCCAGCCGGCAUGGAUGAGAGGGAAGGAGUUCUGGGACACCAACUUUGAGAAGCGAUACCUGAAGCGACGCGCAAAGUGGAAGAAACUGCCGCUAAAGGUGAUCCUGAUGCCACACUCGCACAACGACCCCGGCUGGCUCAAGACCUACGAGGAGUACUACUUCCACCAGACCAGCAAGAUCCUGCAGAAUAUGAUAGAGAAGCUGCGAGUUCACACCAACAUGACUUUCAUCUGGUCUGAGAUCUCUUUCCUCUCCCUGUGGUACGAACGCGCCCACCCGACACUCAGGCAGCAGCUGAAGGACCUCAUCUCCUCCGGACGGCUGGAAAUCGCCACGGGAGGUUGGGUCAUGACAGACGAAGCCAACGUGCAUCUCUACGCCAUGAUGGACCAGCUUAUCGAAGGUCACCAGUGGCUCUCCAACAUCCUGGGCGUGCAGCCAGUCAGCGGGUGGUCGGUGGACCCCUUCGGACACGGUGCCGCGGUACCUUACCUGCUACAUGAGUCCGGUGUGCGGGCCAUGGUGGUACAGCGGAUUCACUACGCCUGGAAGCAGUGGUUAGCGGAACAGCAACUCGGAGACUUCAUGUGGCGGCAGGUGUGGGACUCAUCAGGAGACUAUGACAUUCUUUGCCACAACCGACCCUACGACAUUUACUCCAUCAAGCACUCGUGCGGCCCUCACCCGCAGAUUUGUCUUGGUUACGACUUCAGAAAGGUGCCGGGAGAAUACACGGAAUACACCAUCAAGUCUGUUCCCAUCGAUGACCACAACGUCAAGAAGAAGGCGGAGCUGCUGUUGGAGCAGUACGGAAGGACAGGCUCCCUCUAUCCUCACAACGUGGUUCUCGUUCCUAUUGGUGACGACUUCCGCUACGACCACGCCUCAGAGUGGGACCAGCAGUAUUCCAGUUACCACAAACUCCUAACACACAUCAACAGCGACCCACGUUACCACGCCACGGUGCAGUUCGGCACGCUAAAGGACUAUUUUGCCGAGGUACAAAACCGCAUGCGUGAUUAUCCAAGCCUCCAGGGUGACUUCUUUGUGUACAGCGACAUUUUCAGCGAAGGUCGGCCAGCGUACUGGAGUGGCUACUACACAACCCGACCAUACUGGAAAGUUCUUGAUCGCCAGUUGGAAGCAUCGCUGCGUUCAGCUGAAAUAUUGUACAGUUGGUCAUACGCCUGGGCGGUGCAGGAAGGCCAAGCGCGCGUUGUGCAACUGCUGGAAAAGGAUUACGAGAAGUUGGUGCGGGCCAGGCGGGCACUGGCACUAUUCCAGCACCAUGACGCUAUCACGGGCACUUCUAAGGCGUAUGUAAUGCACGACUACGCUGUCAAGCUACAUGAAAGUCUGCACGACACCUUGGCUCUGGCUGGGCAGGCAGCUGAGGCGCUGCUCCUCACCCCUGCCGCCAUGGCAGCCCUGGAUCACCGCGCCGCGCCACUCCACCAUCUUCAUCCAGACUUCGAGAGGUCAACCUACGAGCGUCUGCCCCACAAACUGCCUCUGACAAUCCCGCGGAGCCACCCGCGUCUCGUGGUCAUGUUCAACUCCCUGGUGCAGCGCCGCUUCGAGGUGGUGAGGGUGCUGGUGUCGUCCCUGGAUGUGCGAGUCACCGAUGAGCACGGUCACCAGGUGCCCAUACAGAUCAACCCUGUGUGGAACGACACGGGCAACGGCAUGGUCAUCCUCAACACGCAGUUUGAGCUUCUCUUCGUGGCGGACUUGCCGGCGCUCAGUGUGGUAACUUACGGCAUCCACCAAAUGGCUCAUUCCUCCCUCGAGAGCAGAGCCUCUGUCUACUCCAACAAUUACGCCCCUGCGCCAGACCCAAGUUACUCCCCACCUUUUGAGACACACGAUGUUCUUCCCGGAGACAUCCAACUGGAGAGCGACCAUCUCAAGCUGCUGUUUGAUGGCACCACGGGCAUGCUGCGCUCUAUUACUGACAAACCCAGCGGUCGAGUGACACAAGCUGCGGUGCGUUAUGCUGCCUAUCCCUCUGCGCAGUUUAAGUCUGGCGCUUAUCUCUUUAAGCCUGAUCCUAAUGCCCGUGAACCCGAGGAAGAUGUGCUGGCUGGCGCCAAGCCUCGACUUUUCAUCCACUCGGGUCCCGUGGCCUCAGAGUUGAGCGUUAUGUUCGGCUCCGUUCUCAUGCACACGACACGCAUCCUGCAUGUAGCUCACCGCCCUCUUGCCUCGGCCGUAUACAUGGAGAAUCUCUUCAACCUUGGCGGCAGAUACAACAGCACAGAGACCCCGGGCUUCCCUCCACACUUCCGGGAGACUGAAAUGUUCAUGCGCGUCAUGACAGACAUCGAUAACGGGGCUGAGCCAACCUUCUACACGGAUCAGAGUGGCUUACACAUGCAAAAGCGCGUCAGAGUUCAGCGCAUCGGCAUUCAGGGUAAUUAUUUUCCCAUCACUUCGGCGGCCAUGAUUGAAGAUGGCUCAGGACCAGGCCGCCGUCUCACCCUCCUCACAGACCACGCUGCGGGCGCCGCCUCCUGGCAGCAGGGAUGGCUCGAGGUAAUGGUGGAGCGCCGCACCUUCUAUGACGACGCUCGGGGCAUGGGCGAAGGCGUCACUGACCAGAAGCGCACUAUGGGCCGCUACUGGUUAUUGCUGGAGGAAACCCGAAACCCUGAACCCGUGGCACGGCUUUCUCUAGCGGCACACCACCUCUCCAACAGCUUAAAUUACCCCAUCACUCAGCUCAUCAACGAGGGACUUGACGCCGACCAGCUCAAGGCAGCAGCUCACCUCAUCACGCGGCCGCUGCCCUGCCCGCUGCACCUCAUGACCCUCCGCACACUGGCCGAGCCCCAGUACCCGAGCCUCCUGCCUUCCCGCACGGCCCUCAUGGUGAUCCAGAACCAGGCGCCUUCCUGCUCCACUUCAGCCUCUGUGGCUACUUGCACCGGCUUGGGCGAUUCUCCCUUCCCAGGCACGGAGCUCACAAUCCAGGUGUCCGGGCUCCAGCGUGUCUCCCUGACGGCCACAUCAAGUCAAGGACCACUCAACUCCCUCCCGGACCUGAGUGUGCCCCACCACAACCUACGCGCCGUCACCCUCACCUUCCCGCAGCCCCCGCCGCCGCCGCCUCCACCUGCUUAAUAAAACUGUGCCCCGCCUUGACACAGUCUCUCAUUCCUCACCCCCUACCACUACCACUACACCAUCACUAGUUUCUGUCUGUCUGUGUCUGUCUGUUGUUCUGUCUGUCAGUCUGUUUGCUAGUUUGUCUCUCUCUCUCUCUCUCUCUCUCUCUCUCUCUCUCUCUCUCUCUCUCUCUCUCUCUCUCUCUCUCUCUCUCUCUCUCUCUCUCUCUCUCUCUCUCUCUCUCUCUCUCUCUCUCUCUCUCUCUCUCUCUCUCAAGGUUAUCAGUCAGUCUAUGAAGCCAAAGUUCACCUAUAUACAUUUAUUAAGCAUAUAAACAUACGAAUAUUAAAACUUGUUCUCAAACUUUUAUAUGUAAACAGUUUAUAGAAGAUGUGGAAUUUUUGAAAAUUAAAAAAAAAGCUAAAAUAACCGAUCUUUAAUAACUUAACCCAGAACCACAAACUGUUUAGCACCAAGCGAGUGCCACCGCAGUUUUGAUAUAUAAGAAUGAUAAUCUUAUAGUUUUUUGCUGUUUUAGUACUUUCAGUAUAUUGAUUGCAUUUGUAUGAGUGAGUUGGAUCAUAUUCUUGAUACAUAUUUUUCUAAUAUAUACACUUUAAUUGAUUGAAUGUUAUUUAUGUGUUCUUAUACUGUUAAAAGAAAUAAUAAAAAGAAAAUGUU